AUGGCUCAGUAUCCCAGGUUAUAUGAUAUAAGGCCUGUUACUCCAUGGGUGAACAUUGGGAUAGGAUUGCCACUCCAAAUUCAACCUGGUGAUCCUAAUAAUAACAAAUUGAACCACAUUAACAAUAACAACUAUGCAGCAACAACAACUAGUGGUGGUGGUAGUCGUGAAGGUGGAAGGGCAGGAGGGGAAAUGGAAUGCACGGUGAGGGAGCAAGAUAGGUUCAUGCCGAUAGCAAACGUGAUAAGAAUAAUGAGGAAGAUACUGCCCGCACACGCCAAGAUAUCGGAUGAUGCGAAGGAAACCAUACAAGAAUGUGUGUCUGAGUUCAUAAGUUUCAUUACAGGGGAAGCUAAUGAGAGGUGCCAGAAGGAGCAGAGAAAGACCAUCACCGCAGAGGAUGUACUGUGGGCAAUGAGCAAGUUUGGGUUUGAUGACUAUAUCGAGCCUCUGACCCUCUAUCUCCAUCGCCACAGGGAGUUUGAUGCUGCUGCCCCUGGAGAUCAUCAUCAAAUGGGAGGGAGCACAGAGGGAUUUGAAGUGCUACUAGGGAAGAGAGCUGUUGCUGCUAGUGUUGAACACCAUCUGCCCGCAUUAGGCACUGGCAUUGCCCUCCCUGGGACCCCCACUACCACUACCACCACCACUGGGCCACCACUCGCCAUGCAUUCUUUUCAGCAUCGCCACCCCGAGGCCCUCGAAUUCUUUACUCCUUCUCCUUUUCCCCCACCUCCUCCUCAUCCAGCUGCACCUGUCAAUGGGUUUCUCAGCGGCAACAACAAAAUUAAUAAUAAUCAUUCUUCAUCAUUCAAACUUAAUGGAGGAGCAUUAGUUGGAGCAAGAGCAGAGCCUUCAUCCCCGAGUAGUGUUGUAUCAGUGGAUAAUGAAGAUCAGCAUUAA